GAGGAGGAGCAGCACACCGACAAGGCUGAUGCUCAAACCUCCCUCCUUCCAACUGCACCGACUGCCGAGCCUCUGGCAUCGGUACAUCAUCUCGUCCGUUCGUCCAUCCGUCCUUUUUGUCAAUCGAACUCCCGACAAGACCGACCGGCGACACGAGCAGACGGCAACCGUCGGAGAGGCUGACAGCUACCUCUUCUCCGCUUCCUGCUCGAGGCGGCGGACGCCAAUUCGUCUGUCUGUCGGUCAGUUGGUCGGUCGACAAACUCGCCUUGAUGGUGGACGUGGAAUGGUAGUAGGACAGCUAGCCAUGGCAACCGGCCUGGUACCUACGGAGGUGGUGGUGGAAAGGGUGGAGGCGGAGCGAGAUCGUCUGCUGGCGGAACAGCUGAAUCGCGUGACUGCCUCAAUCGGACAGUCGACAUGGUGGCGAGAUGAGUCCGACGCGUCGCCGUCACCGUCGUUAGCAACGGCAACUUGCACUUACUGGCUCCGAUUGCCCGCCUCUGAAUGGCCGCUGGGCACAGCGUCGGACGCGGAUUUGCUGGCCCGACUCGUGGUCGUCCGUUUCCCCGGCGACCAGGUCCGACUGGCCGGCGAGUGC